CACAUGUCGUUAACGUAGCUACGCCUCAAAAUUCAGGCGCAACUGGCACCACUUAAUCCAAAGCCCCACGUAAGUCCCCCCACCAAUCCAUUUCAUCUUCUCCGAGAACCCCCAUGCCUCUGUUCAAAAACCUACCACAGCCCUAAUGCCAGAUUCCGGCGAUGAACCGCCGCUCCAUUCCCCUUCCACUGCCAAAGUUCUCUUCGAAACCUACGAACUUGGCCGCCUCCUCGGCGUAGGAGCCUUCGCCAAGGUAUACUACGCCCGCCAUACUCGCUCCGGCCACAGCGUCGCAAUUAAAAUGAUCAGUAAGUCCAAAUCCCUCCGAUGCGGUCUCUCUGUUAACAUCCAGCGCGAGAUCGCCGCCAUGCGCCGCCUUCACCAUCCCCACAUCAUCCGUCUCCUCGAGGUCCUCGCCUCCCGCUCCACAAUCUACUUCGUCAUGGAGUACGCAAAAGGCGGCGAACUAUUCGCUCGGCUUUCAUCCAGAGGCCGCCUCCCUGAAAACCAAUCCCGCCGCCUCUUUCACCAGCUGAUCUCCGCCGUCGCUUUUUGCCACUCGCGCGGCGUUUUCCACCGCGAUCUCAAACCAGAAAAUCUUCUCCUCGAUGAAUUCAAUAACCUGAAACUCUCCGACUUCGGUCUCUCCGCUGUUAGAUACGGCGGAGAUGCACUUUUCCAGACGCUCUGUGGCACGCCGGCGUACGUUGCACCGGAGAUUCUGUUGAAAAAAGGGUAUGAUGGUGCUCAGGUAGAUAUCUGGUCAUGCGGUGUUAUUCUCUUUGUGAUGAAUGCGGGGUAUCUUCCUUUUAAUGAUCCGAAUCUGAUGGCGAUGUAUCGGAAGAUUUAUCGGGGGGAAUACCGAUGCCCUAAAUGGACCUCUGCGGAGCUGAAAUGGCUGAUUUCGCGGAUGUUGGAUACGAAUCCGGCGACGCGGAUUACGAUUGAAGGGAUUUUGGCAGAUCCGUGGUUCAGGAAGGAAAUGGAUGAGGAGAGGAUGAGGAGAUUGAUCAGAUUUCGAGAGGAUAUUGAGGAUAGGAUCAUGAAAAUUGAAAGCGAGGAUGAUGAGAGGGAUUUGAAUGCGUUUGAUAUAAUAUCCAUGUCGGGGGGAUUUGACCUAUCGGGGUUCUUCAAUUCCACGGCGGCGCCGAGGGAGAUGUUUGUGGUCGGGGGAAGGGUGGAUGAGGUGUUGGAGAGGGUGGAGGAGGUGGGGAAGGGGGAGGGUUUGCGAGUUCGCCGGCGGAGAAGGGGGGAGAAAGGGAGGGGUGGUGCUGCGGUGGAUGGGAGGAUGGGGAACCUUGUGGCGUGGGUGGAAGUUUCACGAUUGUCGCCGGAGAUGGUGAUGGUGGGGGUGGAGAGAGGGAUUGGGGAGGAGGCUGAGAGGUUGAGCCGUGAGUUCUGGAGGGAGAAAUUAGCGACGAGAGCGAAGAGAAAGGGGGGCGAGCUGCUGCAACAGCCGGCGAUGGAAGAGGUCGGCGAAGCUUCAACUAGCGGCGAGUCGUCG